UGCCGAAACUGGGAACGAGUGAUUGCCCAUGUAUUUUUCCCUUCAUUCCGGAGCUAACUGCACGUCCCAUUCGUCAGAAAAAGCAAGGGGCAAAAUGAUUCUGAAACAGUUUCAGAUGUUGUCCCCCCUUGAAUCCCCUAUCAGCAACAUUGGCCAUCUGCGCUGCAUGUGUUGUGUAUCGUCUGUCCUGUAUCUGCCGUUCCGAGCACCGCCGCCAGUACAUCAAUUGGGCACUGUGAACAUGUCCAAGCGAGUGCCUUGUUUUACUGUGGACACUGAUCUAUGUGGCAACCAGUCGUGAAAGCAAAAGGAUGUGUGGGCUUUUGGCGC